UGCAAAACAUAUGUCGUUGUACGGCAUCAGACUCUCUGCGGUAGUGAGUGGAGCAAGUUUGAUUUAAAAAAAACCACACAUCACAUUAAAAAAAAUCCAGAUUAUGUGCUAAAGGCACACCCCGUUCCAUUCUCAAUUGUGAUCUUCUCCAUUUAUAAAUUUAUGUACAAAAAAUAAAAAUAUUUUUGUGCGAAUUUGCAACACAUUUGUGAGGGAUUGUUGGAGAAAAAAAAUUCAAGAAUCAAUUCAUGAGCAAAGUGUGUUGUUAUCAGACCAAACCAUCGUCGUGUCAAUCUAACCAGAAAAAAGUGCUUCGGGGGCCUAAAUAGAAGUUUGUAUGAGAAUUCUUAUGAGAAACAGUCCUUGACUCACGCACCGCGACUUUCUGUGUAAAUCACCUCUAUCCACCAUGAGCAGCAUUCAAGGUAUGAAGGCCAACAUAACAGCAGUUUCGGACAGUCCAGUCAUGGAUCCUGGCUCUGUUACGAAGGAGACCAAGACAACAUCGGGAGCUCUGAAGAAAAGUAGUCGCUAUCGCAGUCGAAGCUUAUCAGCCUCUUCAACGGAUUCAUUUAGUUCAGCUUCGUACACUGGUAGCAGUUCGGAAGAUGAAAGUUCCCCGCGGGAAAAAUCUCAGAAGAAUUCUUCAUCUUUUUCGGAUUUUUGCGUGCGCAACAUUAAUCAACAUGCAUUCGGACGGCGUGAAAUUGAAAUUGCGGAACAUGAGAUGCCUGGGAUUAUGGCUCUACGGAAGCGUGCUUGCGAUGAUAAACCCCUGAAAAAUGCUAAAAUCGUGGGAUGUACGCAUAUUAAUGCUCAAACUGCGGUUCUCAUUGAAACAUUAGUUGAAUUGGGUGCUACAAUUCGUUGGGCUGCGUGCAACAUCUAUUCGACGCAGAAUGAGGUAGCUGCUGCUCUUGCCGAAGCUGGAUAUGCUGUAUUUGCAUGGCGUGGUGAAACUGAGGAGGAUUUUUGGUGGUGCAUCGAUAAGUGUGUUAAUGCAGAAAAUUGGCAACCAAACAUGAUUCUCGAUGAUGGUGGUGAUGCAACGCAUCUAAUGCUUAAGAAGUAUCCGGCAAUGUUUAAACUUGUACGUGGGAUUGUUGAGGAGAGUGUUACAGGUGUCCACAGACUCUAUCAGCUGUCUAAGGCUGGAAAAUUGUCAGUGCCUGCCAUGAAUGUUAAUGACUCCGUAACAAAAACAAAAUUCGACAACUUGUACAGUUGCCGUGAAUCCAUCAUCGAUAGCCUCAAGCGAUCUACGGAUAUAAUGUUCGGGGGUAAACAAGUAGUGAUAUGUGGAUACGGUGAAGUUGGCAAGGGUUGUUGCCAAGCUCUCAAGGGCCUAGGUUGCAUUGUAUAUAUUACGGAAAUUGAUCCAAUUUGUGCUCUGCAAGCCAGCAUGGAUGGUUUUCGUGUUGUAAAACUAAACGAAGUUAUCCGUAAUGUGGAUAUUGUAAUUACUGCAACAGGCAACAAGAAUGUUGUUGUACGGGAGCAUAUGGACAAAAUGAAAAGUGGCUGCAUUGUGUGCAAUAUGGGACAUUCCAAUACGGAGAUUGAUGUUAAUAGUCUACGUACACCGGAUCUAACGUGGGAAAAGGUGCGAUCACAGGUUGAUCAUAUUGUAUGGCCAGAUGGCAAGAGAAUCAUUCUACUUGCAGAAGGGCGUUUGGUGAAUUUAUCAUGCUCAAGUGUGCCAUCAUUUGUAGUUUCCAUCACAUCAGCUACACAGGCACUGGCUUUAAUUGAACUUUUUAAUGCACCCGCCGGACGUUACAAGUCUGACGUGUAUCUUCUACCUAAGAAGAUGGAUGAAUACGUAGCGAGCUUACAUCUUCCAACAUUCGAUGCUCAUCUGACGGAACUCACGGAUGAGCAAGCAAAGUACAUGGGGCUCAACAAGGCUGGCCCCUUUAAGCCCAAUUACUACAGAUACUGAAGUGCAACAUGCGACGGGACUCAUUUUUGCAUGAGAACGUCGCUUGAUGAAAGAAAGUAAAGGUAAAUUGAAACAUUUUCAUACAGAGAGGACGGAACCAAAGGAUCUUCCAUCCCCGUCGAAUUUAGAGUAUUUUUUCUUUAUUUUUUGAUUUUUGUUUAAAAGAAAAAUUCAGACCAAUAAUUAAUUAUUAUAUUUUCAAUGUAUUUUUUAAUGCAUUUUAUAAAAGAAAAAAAAACUUUAAUGCAUUUCUAUAAGCAACAUUUAUAUUAUAUUUUAUUUAACAUUUAUUCCUUCAAAUUAAUCACCUAUUUUACUCUAUAUAUUUUAGAAAAAUGUAAAUUGUGCAACAUAGUCAAUUGAGAGUAAUAUCUCUUAUCUGGAGACAGAUAAAUCGAAUUCAAAAUUAUUUAUACCCCCUUUUCAGAAAGAAAGAAAAAAUAAUUACAGAUAAAACACAAAAUCACUUAAAUUGUGGUUUCGGAAAAAAGUAAAAUUUAGUGGAACUUGAUAAAAUUAAACAAAAAAAAUGUAUUUCUGUAUUAAAAAAAAUAUUGUCUUAGUCCUCUUAGUUCAGUAACGUAUUAUGUCUUUUUCAGUAGGGAGACGAGGUUAAAUAGUGCAGUUAUAUAUUAUUAAGUAUAUUAACAAUAAAAUGUCUUAAAGCGAACGCGUAAAUUUUACCCCAAAACCAAUUUUUGUAGGGACACGAACUCUUCUUUUUUAACUUUAUAAAAGAGUUAAGAAGAAAUUGAGAGAAAGUGUCAAGCAGAGAAUUUACUAUGUUAGAUACCACAAUGAAAAAUAUAUUAAAUAUGUGAAUUUAUUUAAAAAA